AUGAUGCGAUCGCAGAUUAAUCAAUGUGUGGUUUGUAUGGAUGAGUUUGAAAAUGGGGUUGGUGUUAAUGGGAUGCCGUGUAGACACGUGUAUAAUCAUGACUGCUUGAUUCCGUGGCUUCAGAUGCAUAACUCGUGUCCUGUUUGUAGGCAUGAGUUGCCCACAGGCGAUGCUGAGUAUGAGAGUAGGGCUCGUGGAGGAGAUCAAGGGGGAGGGUCGGGUGAGAGGAGGAUUAGCUUAUUGUUUAGAAGACAUGGUGCAGGUUCGGAUUCGGAUUCUGGGAGUGGGUCUGAUAUGGAUAUUAGGGGAGACGAAUUGGAUUGA